AUGGAGCUGGUAUCCAACUUCUUAGAGAAGGUACUCACCAGCGAGAGUCUGACUCCCCAAGCGACGGAUUCUGGUUCUCAUGCGAUGUAUGCUCCUUCGGCAUCUACAGCUAGUGGAAGAGCUAACCCUACAACAAGUGCAGAACAUCCAAUAACAGAGAACAUGGAUUCAUAUCGUAAGAAGAAUGAGAGUGGACUUCUUAGAGCGAGAAGGAAAGCUGCAGAGUUGGAUUUCAUGUCAUAUUUCAUGACUUCGAAGCAAUCAGGAGCUGAUGGUAAUGGAUCAAGUACUAGUAUUAGAAACUCAGUGUUUAUGGAUAAACUUUUGGAGAAGAUGAUUGAUAUGAUUGUACCCAUAGACACUAAAGCAACCACUUCAGAAUUGAAUCAAAUCAAAUUUAGAAUAGACAUGCAGAAACAAAGACCUCCAUUAUCUGUCAAUACUCUAAGUACUAAUACGGUUAAUUUGAAUGCUCGUCUCAGUUUCCCCUUUUUAAUGAUUGACUAUACUUAUAGGUUUUUCAAUUGGUCUCAACCUUCAUUUACAUUUGGAAUGUUAUUAUUAAUCACUAUUUUGGUACUUAAUCCAGUUUACUUAUCAAUAUUACCUCCUUUUAUUAUCAUCAACAAUGUUUUGGUACCAUAUUAUUUACACAUACAUUCUCCUGAUCCAGCAGCUCAGGAUAAAAAUGGAAGUUUUCAAUUGGACCCUACUGAAGAGUCACUUAAUUCAUGGGAUUAUCCUAAACCAUUACCUGAAUUAUCGCGUGAAUUUGUUUUAAAUUUAACAGACAUUCAAAACCAUCAAGUUCUUUACAUUCAAACUUGGGACGCCUGGGUAUGGUUUACUAAAGAAUAUUUAUAUUGGAAGGAUGAUCAACUAUCGAGUUUUAUUCUUUUGUCAAUAUUUUCUAUUAUUAUUAUCAAUUGUUGUACCUUGCCAGUUAUUAUUUCAUUAUUAUGGAAUCGUCUUUGGAUCUUAAAAGGGUUUAUUAUAUUCAGCGUAUGGACUGUAUCAAUUUUGGCUAAUCCUGGAUAUCGCAAUAUCAUUCUUGAUUAUCUUUAUCAUGAGGAAACUCGAUUGAAAUGGCUAAAUUACUCAAAUAAACUCGAAGACUACGCCAAUAAAGUGUUGACACAUACAGAAGUUGACGAUACUCCCGUUUAUAAAGUGGUGGAAAUAUAUGAGUUACAAUGUUUAAGUUCAAACAAAGUAUGGGAACGAUUGGGAUUCACGGAUUGUAUGUACACCAUCAAUAACCCUAUUCGAAAACAAGGUCUCAAUUUAACAUAUAAAGAAAAGGAAGAAGACGGGCAACAACCCAACAACAACAACAAUAAUAAUAAUAAUAAUCUGAAAAGUUCAAGAAUAAUUAAGAAAUUAUCAUUAAAGGAUGUUCUUCCACCAACAAAUUGGGUAUUUGUUGAGAACCAAUGGAAAUUGGACCUUUUCGUGAGCAAUUGGGUUGCCAGGAAUUUGGUUGGAGAUGUAACCUUCAUUGAUGAAGAUGAGAAAUGGGCAUAUGAUUUCAACGAUGAGACUGGUGAUAUAUUUAGACGUAGAAGAUGGGUUCGGCAUGUACGCCGAGAAACCGAGGCCGACAGGAAAGCAAAAGAUAUCAAAUCUGAUAAGGAUACAGAAGAAAUUGGAACUGAAAAGUUUAGUGAUUAUUUAAUUUAG